GUGACUGUAGAGUUAGCAUUAAAACAGACCUACGUGUGGAGCUAGGUGGAGAGUCUGCUGCUGGUCGACACUUUGAGAUGAAGACACAGCUCAAGUAGUGUGAUACAGAUAUGAAUGCAAUGGAGAAGAAACUGGCAGAAUACAAAUGUGACACCAAUGAAGCGAUUUGUUUAAAAUUAGUACGUUUCCCAGAGGAUGUUGAUGAAGAAAGUACAACGUUUCACCCUGAGUACAGCCAUCAGCUGUAUGGUGAUGAUGAAGUAGCAUUUGGAUACAAAGGCCUUCAGAUUCAGCUUUACUACACUGCUGGCAACCUGAGCACACUGUUUAAAGUGAAGUACACGUCCAAAGUCACUGAGAAGUUUGACUGUGUGGAGCCUGAUGAUGUGGAAGGGAAGAUCGCAGAGAUCAUUCCUCCAGGCUUUACCUGUAACACAGAUGACUUUAUGUCUCUUUUGGAAAAGGAGGCCAACUUCAAACCAUUUGGCAGCCUCUUGCACACCUAUAAACUUCACAAUGUGGAAGAAGGAGCAGAUCUCACUUAUUUGAUACACAAGGCUGAUAUCUCAUGUCCAGGAUUCAGAGAAUACCAUGAGCGCCUUCAGACUUUCCUUAUGUGGUUCAUCGAGACAGCCAGCUUUAUUGAUGUAGAUGAUGAUCACUGGGAUUUCUUCCUUCUAUUUGAGAAAUACAAUAAGGACGGGGAGACUCUCUACGCUACGGUUGGCUACAUGACAGUGUAUAAUUACUACGUAUACCCAGACAAAACCAGACCACGUGUUAGUCAAAUGCUGAUCCUGCCACCAUUUCAAGGCGAAGGUCAUGGAGCCCAGUUGUUAGAGACAGUUCACCGGUUUUACUGCAACUUACCUAAAGUUCAGGACAUCACAGCGGAAGACCCAUCUGACAGUUAUGUGAAGUUGAGGGACUUUGUGCUGGUGAAGCUGUGCAUGAAUCUGCCUUCUUUCUCCACUGAAAAACUGGCCCUGGGGUUCAGUGAAGAAAUGGCUACUGAAGCUCGUGAGAAACUCAAAAUCAACAAGAAGCAUGCCAGGCGAGUGUAUGAGAUUCUACGCCUCAGAAACACAGACAUGAGUGAUGUGGACAAGGCCAGAGAGUUUCGGCUAGAGGUGAAGAAGAGACUCUUUGGGCCUUACCGGAAGAACCAGCGUGAGCUGACAAAGAUGCGCAAAUGUUUGCGUCCAGAGGAACUGGCAUCCCAUAUCAGUCAGCUGGACACAAAGGUACAGCAUGAAGAACUGGAGAAGAGCUAUCAGGAUGUUCUGGGAGACUAUCGCAGAGUGUUGGAAAGACUGGCCCAGGCAUGAAUACACCCAGUGCGAGUUUGAGGGGUAGAUCACUGUAGUACAGGCUAGCGGAGUCUUCAGCUUUAACAUGGAUACACACAUUUGACAACAAGCAAACUUUUACCAUUUUGUUUUAUACACCGUACCUUUGUAAAUGGUGUAAAGCACCGCUAAAAUCGGGAUCUCGUUUCAGUCACAUUUGCUCGCUUGUUACGGAUGUUCCAAUUUUUUUUUUUUUUUUUUUAAAUAGAGUUUCCUUUUUCUCCUUGCAUUUCAGUGUCAGAUGCAGAAAUAGGUUUUGAAGCACUUCCUAUAAAUGAAAUAAAUGUUUUGUAUAUUGA